CUUGAAAAUAAUGUUGGUUCUUCGGUAGUUUCUUCUGAUCAUGUUGAUGAUUCUGUUGAAGGUUUUAGUAUUACUGAGAAUGAGGUUAGUCAUGAUUUCGGUGAGAAUUCUGGUGAAAAAUUUGAAACGAAAGUUCCGGUAACGUUGGGUGGGCAUGCGAAUAGAAAUUAUUUGAAUAGUUCUCGUUCAUUAAAGCGGGUACGGGUUGAAGAUUCUGAUUUUGAUGGAGAGUCUUAUAUUAGUGAAAAUGAUGAUUCUUCUGAUUUUGGUCGAGAAAGAGAAGAUAUGGGUUCGUGUAAGAAAGGUAAAGAAUGUGCUGAUUGGGUCUUACGUAGUAGUUCUAGGUUGCGUUCUUCUAAUUCAGAUAGUGUUAAUUAUAAGGA